AUAACGUUAGGGGAAAAUCGAACUCAGCCAACGGCCAUCGUCUGGUUACUCUUGUUCAAAACAUGCUCGUAUAACAUCGCCAACGCUGUUUGUGUGUGAACAAGAAUUCUCUUGGGGGAAAAAGAUAGCAACGUGUAUCAUGGCCUUUCAAGUCGAUGAGAACUGUCCCCGGCAAUACCCACAAGCUCUUCAAAUCCUAGUUCAACUUCCUGAAAAUUGACGCAAAUGAGUUGGAGGACAAGACCAUUGCGCGAACGACUCGGCAAUUGACUUCAGAUUAUAUGCCGUCUAAGUCGGAACAAUCGACAUUGUAACUGCCAUUGCUAAAGCUACCAUACGAUAAAUCUGCGACAACAAUAAUGCCGCAUAGGUGUGUCUGUCCAGGAAUAGUUGUAUCCUGGGUUGAAACUAAUGGAAUCAUGGAGUAUGCCGAGAGUGAUGUGGAGUUGAUGUCCAUUCUGAUGAAACCAUUGCCAUGGUGGAUACAAUCAAGCUUCACCUUGAAGCUGGGGAAUGUGGGAGAGUGGAGGGAUAUGCUGAUUUAUCCGUGGAGGAAUACUUGAUACACAACAUCCGAAUGAACGAAACAUCCAGCUAGGUAAAGACAUGUACGAUGAGUGUUUGUCUGUGUCGAGGGUAGCUCUCAUGAUGUUCAAUAAGCUUUGGAUGCAGUAAGGCUAACAACAACUGCGGCGAUAGCAUCAGGCGUUGAAGCUUGUGCAACGAGGCUAUGCGGAGCCAACGGGGAAGAAAUUGUCGAAUGAAACAAUGAGAGUCCGUAUGGUGUCAUUGGGGUAGCGGGUUGAGGCUUGAACUGUACAACCAGUGCGGAGACCCGGCAUGGAACAAGAUCUCGGGAGGAUUCCUUGCAACAGCAAUUCGUUGCUGACCAUUUCAAGCCACAUCCAUCUCACAACCUGCAAACAAGGAAUCAUCUCAUUGGUUACCAGUCGAAAACUUCCCCAGGACAAAACGCCGUGGUUCCCAUAUUGGGAUUCUGGGGUUCCGAGUGGGCUAGAAGUACCUGCACAGUCAUCCUGUAAGGACAGUCAUGAUUUGCAGGGCAGACGCCACCUUGAAUUUAUCAGCUCGAAUUAUUAAUUGGAGCAUGGAAAGGGCUGCAAGGGCGUAAACUUUUUCCACGGCAUGUUCCCGGAAGAGUCAAAAUCGAACGAUGCCAGGUGUCCCGGGAGGAGAGUUCUGUCAGUCCUGUGCAGAGGAGAGGGAUGUUGUUUCCAGGCGGGAUUUGAUUCAUAAAAGUUCAAACCCCGAAUGUUCCCAACCAAUAAGAUGCCUGUGCAGCGGGAUUUCCCCAGUAAAACCCAACGUUUAGCCUCCCUAUCCCUGCGCUCCUUGGCAUCCACCGUUCUCUUAUCACCCCCCCAAACCCUCGUUCCCUCCAGCGACAGGGCACGCUGCAGCUCUCCCCUCGUUCUCACAUCUCAGAACACGCCACAGAGCACGGAUCGGAAAGACAUGGCCAAAGGCAGCAAGAUGUGAGUUUGAAAGCACUGGGAACAUUCCUUAGGACAUAUAACCUUCCACGCGCCCCAAAAACUAGUCUGGUCCUUCCCGCGAAAUCCAAACCUCGUCUGAUUCAUUCCCUAUAUGUAUUUUGUUACGAAACAACUCGACAAGCGAUCCGAUGAUGAGUUUUGACUUUGCAACUACUGACAUCUGGUCGGGCAGUACCAAAGUCAGCUCCGCGACGACGAACAAGCCGGCGAAACCAGUCCGAAAGAAGUUCGCGGUCCCUCCAGUGAAGCUCGCAUGUUUGGAGUGCCGGGCAUCGCGAACACGGUGUGAUGGAAAACCAGAAUGCUCAAAUUGCAUCAAUAGAGGCAAAUCAUGCGUGUACACGCAAAGUAAACGAGGGGGCUCUCGCAUCCGGCGGCGACGAGUUUCAGUAGGCGAAACUGGCGAGCGCUCCCCGAAGAUUAACAACAAUGAGCUGAAUGCGUGUGCACUCUCCGUGAUGCCGGAGUUAGAAGAAGGAACGUUCGCUGCUCCGCUGUCUCUGGUGACCCCUGGCGGAGGCUUGAAACAGCUGGACUUCUCGCUCGAUGAUACGGAUUUUAUUUUCGAUUCCAUCUUUGCGUCGACUCAGCCGGAAGGUAUGGACAGCGGGUAUGAGACUUCGGAACAUGCUGGUACGCUGUCGGAAUCAGGAAAGGAAGUGCCGAUUCGUGUGUAUUCCAGCGAUGACGAUAUAUUGAGCGCCUACUACACCUAUAUCCAUCCCUACUUCCCAAUUCUCCCUCCCCCAGAAGCAGGUCAGGUGACCGAUAACCCUGACUUAGGAAUUCGACGAGCACCAGACGCCAUAUUUAGCAGUAAAUCCGUCCCCGAUUUCGAACCUUCGUCCCCAAUAAGUCUGGCUAUAUCCGCCACUCUCGCUCUAAUCCCCCAUCCAGAAGAUAAAGAUCCGUCCGGAACAGAAUCUCUCCAUCUUCGACGAGAACAAGCCCAGGCAUUUGCACAGUCCGCAUUCGAGAGCAUAGAAAUCGAAUCCGAAUUAAUUGACUCCGUGAUCCAACCAGGAGAAGCAUUAAGUAGUGAUCCCUUACCUCUGCAGCGGAAACCGUUCCAUCCAAGGAAUCCGCUGGAAAAUGAAAGUAUCAUUGCUCUGAUCAUGUUGAGUACGUAUGAAUAUGCUCAACGUGGAAAUAUAGCCAAGAUGCGGAAUCGGGCAGGACAAGCGGUAAAUGCUGCGAUCAACCUAGGACUGCAUAUCAAAGGUGAUGAGCAGGGGUAUUAUGCUGAAGCCAAUAGGAGAGUUUGGUGGAUGGCAUAUAUUACUGUUUGCCAGGGCUCGAUUUUGAGUAACUCGACUCCGCCUAUCCUGUUGUAUGAUCCUCGCUUCACGACUUCUGGGCCAACGUAUGCUGGAGAUCCGGGAGCUUGGCCGGUAUUCUUGCAGUCCCAACAAGCGAUUACUUCGGCGACGCAGUUUGUGAUCGAUUUGGAUGCUACUCUUAAGCAGGGAUCAAAUACAACGGCGAUUUGGGACCGGAUGUUGGAAUUGGAGGCCAUAAUUGAGCCUUUAAUAGUAGCAGCAGAUUCCUGGACGUUAUCUUCGAGUCCUCCUUUGUCUUUGGAUUCUGCCGAAAUGGUGGUUGGACAGGCAUUGAGAGGUAUCGCGAGGAUAAAGUUGAAUAGCGCACGCAUAAAACUCCACCGCUACUGCGCCUUUUCAGACGUCCCCGUCUUUUCCAAGAAGCACUGCGAUCUCGCCGUAGCCGCGCCACCUAACUCCUCCAACCAUACCCCCAACCCAUCAUCCACACCAACUGCUCCAAACUGCGCCUGCAGCACCACAUUUCACGGCCUCCCUUCUUACUCCGACAUGACUUCAUCAACACCCCAGGGAUUCCCCUCCACUACUUCGCCAUCUCACAUGAACCACAAUCUAAAUUUCAACCCUAAUAUGCAACUGCAAUCCAACCUCAACGGUGGUCUCGGACUCGGUCUCAACCCCAGCCAAGGCAUCGGAUUGAACUGCAAUGUCCUCCCCUACACAUCACACUACUCGGCAAAGAUAUGUCUGAAAUCCGCAUUCUCAAUAGCGCGGUCAUUCGCAUCUUUACCUUAUCCCCAGCCGAUCCGGAGAGCAGACUUACAAAACCAGCACCAACUCCAGACCAACCAGAACCAAAACCAAGUUCAAGUCCAAGACCCCUACUCGUACUUCCCCACCAUCCAAACACCCAACACCUACACCCGCCACUCACUCAGUCCGUCGACAACAAACCCCCACACCGGCCCAAUCCCAGCAGCAGUAGGAACCUCCCGCGCCCACGCCCAGACCCAGGCCCCAAGAAUGAUCCCCGUCUUCGCCUGCUGCGCCAUGCAAAGCAGCUACGCACUAAUCAUGCUCUCCUACAAAACCAAAGCCAUGGGAUUCGCAGGUCCGCUCUCAAAUCCCAACCAGUCAGCCAAACCUAACUCCAACAAUACCGUUUCCAACUCCAACUCGAAUCCCGACCCCAAUAAUGGGAGUAGCGGAAAUACACAUGGAGGAGAGGCGAAUCUGGGGAAGGAGAAUCAAGCGCAGAAAUUGCUGGGGCAGUUGAGUGAGGGGUUGCAGAUGAUUCUGGCGGCGUUGAGGAAUUAUUCGGUUGCUUAUGAGGCUUUGGGGGGGAUGAGAGAUCAAAUCGAUAUAGCCGCGCAAUCAGUUGGAGCAGCUGCCUCGGUUGUCGGCGAUGUGAGAUGGUGAUUUAAUCGCCCGUCUCUCUCUCUCGCUACAAUUACCCUCAUCCACCUCGCCAUUACCACCCAAAUCUGCAAAAUCAGCCCCCAACCUUGGGCGGCGGCGGCAAUCUCUGCCCUCCUUGGUGUUGUGUAAGAAUCCGAAAGAAUUUGGAAAGAAAGAUCAGAAAAAGCUGGAGUUUUCGGUUGGGUUGGGUUUACAGAGAAGAACUCAAAUGGAAUGAUUCCCCUCAAUUUCAUGCAUGGCGUUCGAAACCGUUUUGGGGAAAACAGGCGGGAAAGGAGUACGGAGAUGGCUCUGUAACUGAUUUGAAGCCCCAGACAGAAAUCGAGGCAUGACUGACUGGACUGGGUUGAGAGAAGGGCUUGGUGAUUAGUGAUUGAUGAUGUAGAGAAAAUACAUUCUUGAAGUGACCCCACUUGGGACUCGAGACUUCGUGAUCAGGUUUUCACGAUGACAGAGAAAGAGAAUUUGAAUGUUUCUUGAUCUGCGAUGGACUUUGAAACUCCAUGUGAUAGGAAAUUUCAUUUCAUGGAAAGCUUGAAGUUGAGUGCCUAGGCUAAUGAAGAGCAAAUGCAUCGGCCAUUUUAUCAACACGGUAUGUCUCUUAAUCUUAGCUAUCGUGGGGGAAAGAACCCAGCUCAUUCCGACUUCCAUCCGGUGGAGUUUCACGCUGCCAUAGUCUCAGAGCAAUUUGAAAGUAGCAGCAAAUAGUGUGCAAAUUCCAGAUCCUCAAUGAGUUCAGCCUCGUGCGUCGUGGUUCAUUUAUUCAGCCAUCGUCGUUCCUCGUCGGAUCAUCCAGAUCAGGUUAUUCACCGCAUCUGAUCUCAUGUACUGACCAAAGCCUGGAACACCACAAGCCAAAGCAACGAAACCAAAUUCAUGAUCAUUUCGGCACUUUGGUAAAGCGUCGAUCUCGUCACCAAAGGUUUCGCGAUGCUCUCCAUCGCCGGCCCAUUCAUCCUGAUCUCGUGCAAACUCAAAGAUGGCUCGCAAAGCACUUUCAGUAGUACCACCACGUUUGUAGAAGUUCUGGGUCACUGGUGGCCACUCGCCGGAGUCCAUCCAGAUGCUGACGAGGUUGGGGAUACUUGGCAAUUCAUUGGUACGCAAGGCCUCGGCCGCAUGAUCAAAAAUAUUGGCAAAGCCUCGUCGUAGACUCUUGUUUGUGCGGAAGUUCCGCUGGAUGUCUGGGGCAACAUGCUCUGUAUAGAUGUUCAUCAUGCACCACAUCUCUGGGUCGUCGACUUCCAUCAACAGCGUAUCAUGGGCAAUCUCGGCUUGGCACAGCAAGGCAAAUCUCAUUCGAGGAGAGAGAAGACCAUCGAUGCAGCCCCCACAAGUGCAUCCGAACUUGAGCUGAAGUAUUUCCAUAUCGCUUGGAGUCUUGAGGAACUUGAGAGCAGCCAUACAAAGAAUGGCAUCAUUGCUAAAGCCACGGAAUGAAUCGGAGGUAACGACAGUGGCGAGCCCUUGUUGUCUUGUAUUGCGUAAGGUCUCCAACUGAUCGGUUAGCAAUUCCAGAGGAGUGUAG